UCUGCCUACAAGUCCAGACAGAGGGCACUCAUUACCCGGCAGGCACUUUGCCCGUGUUUUAAAGCAAGAUGGCAGCUGUUGUUGAAAAUGUUGUCAAACUAUUGGGAGAGCAGUACUACAGAGAUGCCUUGGAGCAGUGUCACAACUACAACGCUCGGCUGUGUGCAGAGAGGAGCGUCCGAAUGCCGUUCCUGGACUCCCAGACUGGUGUGGCUCAGAGCAACUGCUACAUCUGGAUGGAGAAGAGGCACAGAGGACCAGGCGUGGCCCCGGGGCAGCUGUACACGUACCCGGCCAGGAGGUGGAGGAAGAAACGGAGAUCUCAUCCUCCGGAGGACCCGCGACUCAUCUUCCCCCCCGUCAAGUCAGAGCUAGAUUUAGGGCUGAAGAAGGACGCCCUGCUGUCCACGGACGGCAGCAGCUUGGAGGCCCUGCUGAAGGGUGAGCCUCUCGACAAACGGACAGCCGCUGACGUCCGCGGGUCAGAGGAAGACUCGAAUCAGAGCGACUACACCGGAAGCCUGAACCCAGCAGCCCGGAUUAGAAAGAGAAUCCUCGAGCCAGAUGACUUCCUGGAUGACCUGGAUGAUGAAGACUAUGAGGAAGACACGCCUAAGAGGAGAGGCAAAGGGAAAGGAAAGGGUCGAGGAGUGGGCAGCGGCAGGAAGAAACUGGACACCGCUGCUAUGGAGGACAGAGACAAGCCCUACGCCUGCGACAACCCUAUCAAACAAAAGCACAUUUCAAAACCUUCUGAAAGAGUUUGUGGUAAGCGCUACAAGAACCGCCCAGGCCUGAGCUACCACUACGCCCACUCCCACCUAGCAGAGGAGGAGGGAGAGGAGAAGGACGACAUGGAAAUCAACGAACCGGUCCUACCACUGCCUGAGGAGCCAAAAACUCCCAAAAAAGGUCCGGAUGGUCUUGCAUUGCCUAAUAAUUACUGCGACUUUUGCCUGGGAGACUCUAAAACCAAUCACAAGACGGGCCAAUCAGAAGAGCUGGUGUCCUGCUCUGACUGCGGACGCUCAGGCCACCCCUCCUGCCUGCAGUUCACUCCUGUAAUGAUGGCUGCUGUGAAGACGUAUCGCUGGCAGUGCAUAGAGUGCAAGUGCUGCAAUAUGUGCGGCACCUCUGAGAAUGAUGAUCAGCUUCUCUUCUGUGACGACUGUGACAGAGGCUACCACAUGUACUGUCUGAACCCGCCCAUGUCUGAACCUCCAGAAGGGAGCUGGAGCUGCCAUUUAUGUCUGGAUCUUUUAAAAGACAAGGCGUCCAUCUACCAGAAUCAGAACGCCCCAACAUCGUGAUGUCUGCUCU